AUGGUGGCAGUGGUCCUGCUGGGGCUCGGCUGGCUGUGCGCUCCCCUGGGGGCUCUGGUUCUGGAUUUCAACAACAUCAAGAGCUCUGCGGACGCGCAGGGGGCUCGGAAGGGUUCACAGUGCUUGUCUGACAAGGACUGCAGUACCAGGAAGUUCUGUCUCAGACCCCAAGAUGAGAAGCCAUUCUGUGCUACCUGUCGUGGACUGCGGAGGCGGUGCCAGCGGGAUGCCAUGUGUUGCCCGGGGUCGCUCUGCGUGAACGAUGUUUGUACUGCAAUGGAAGAUGCCACCCUGAUACUGGAAAGGCAGACUGAUGACCAAGAUGACUUGGAUACAAAAGGAACAACUGAGCAUCCCUCGCGGGAAAACAAACCCAAGAGGAAGCCAAAUAUUAAAAACUCACAAGACAGUAAGGGACAGGAGGGAGGAAGCUGCCUCAGAACAUCCGACUGCGGACCUGGGCUUUGCUGUGCUCGUCACUUUUGGACUAAAAUCUGCAAGCCAGUCCUGCUGGAGGGACAGGUCUGCUCCAGGAGAGGGCACAAAGAGCCUGCCCAAGCUCCAGAAAUCUUCCAGCGUUGUGACUGUGGUCCUGGACUGUCCUGUCGAAGUCCAGGGGCUGGCACCCGCCAGAGCGCACGGUUAAGAGUGUGCCAGAAAAUCUAAAGAGCGGC